UGUUCUUACGUAAACCCAAUUAUGCCUUUGCAUAACGGUAACAACUAACAACUCAUAUAAAUCAACAAAACAAACUCAUAUGGUUAGUUUAGUUAGUUGGUUAGUUAGAUGCUAUGAAUCACGCUACUCUCUUCCGCGCCUCUGCUGCUCUUUUCCCGCCUCCUCACUCUACCUCUUCCACCAGGACUAAUGUUACCGACAACAUUGCCAUUGACGGUCGGAAUGUGAAUUUCUCGAUCACGACGAGGCAGGGAAAAGUCGUGCCGAUUCUUCGGGACUGUUCGCUUCGAAUUCCUUCUGGACAGUUCUGGAUGCUUCUUGGACCCAACGGUUGUGGAAAAUCUACCCUCUUGAAGAUCUUGGCUGGUGUUUUGAGUCCCACGAAUGGAACUGUGUACGUGAAGCGGCCAAAGAGUUUUGUUUUCCAAAAUCCAGACCACCAGGUAGUGAUGCCUACAGUAGAAGCUGAUGUGGCAUUUGGUCUUGGAAAGUUCAAUUUGACCUGUGGUGAGGUUAGAUCCAGGGUGUCUAAAGCUUUGGAUGCUGUUGGCAUGUCUGACUACUUGCAGAGGUCUGUUCAAACACUCAGUGGUGGUCAGAAGCAGAGGGUUGCAAUUGCUGGUGCUUUAGCUGAAGCUUGCAAAGUGCUGUUAUUGGAUGAGCUCACAACAUUUUUAGAUGAAAAUGAUCAGAUUGGGGUGAUUAAAGCAGUAAGAAAUUCUUUGGAUAGUUCUGAAGAAGUUACAGCAUUGUGGGUGACCCAUCGUUUGGAAGAACUCGAGUAUGCCGAUGGUGCUGUUUACAUGGAAAAUGGGGAAGUUGUCAUGCAAGGUGAUGCAGCAAGUAUACUGGAUUUUAUUAGAGUUAGGCAAUCUGCUUACAUCAAACAAAUCAAUUCUUGAACAAAAUCUGCCUUCUGUUUGUUAGGGCUAGCGAAUCUGACCCCUUUAUUCUGCAAUGGCAAGCUUGUUCUUGCUUCCCUUUGAUAUAUCUUUGUAAAAUAAUGGGCCAAAUGGUGAUGCUCAUUGGCUUGGAAGUUUGGAAAAGCAGGUCUUGAGUGCAUUCAAAACUGCCUACACUGGCUUUUAUAUUA